AUGGUUUGCGGGAAAGAAUUCAGAUCAACCUUGAGGAAAUCACUUCCCAUAGCCCCCAAAAGCCCAGUGAAAAGGAUCGUGCCACCGUUUUCCGUCCAAACCCUUCAGAAGGGAUGCAAGGUGUCCCAACCCCCCAGCUGUCACGCCUUCCGAGAGCGUCCGCCUGUUAAGAGCCUCUUCAGGUACCGUUACCAUCGUGGGGAUUUCCCAGUAGCUCUAGAGACCAAAGGGAUAUCCUGGAAGACUGAUAUCGCCAAGCUGGACUUCCAUUUUUACCUCCCGAUGUUCUUCGAGGGGCUCACGGAGACGGAGCAUCCCUACAAGGUGUUCGCGAGGCAGGCUGUUCACGACAUGUUAACCUUCGGUGGUAACAAGACUUUCCCAUGCAUCCCCCAACUUAUAAUACCGAUCAAGAACGCCUUUAACACCAGGAACAGGGAGGUGAUCUGCAUCACGCUGAAGGUGCUGCAGCAUCUCCUGAAGACCAACGAUCAGGUAGGGGAGGCCCUGGUGCCCUAUUACAGACAGCUGCUGCCCAUUUUGAACAUGUUCAAGAAUUGCAACGUAAACAGCGGGGAUGAGAUCGAUUAUACCAAGACUAGAGGGGAGAAUAUUGCGGAUUUGAUCAACGAAACCUUGGAGCUCAUGGAGAAGACUGGUGGUGAGGAUGCUUUCAUCAAUAUAAAGUACUUGGUGCCCACGUAUGAGUCUUGUUUGUUGAACUGAAUGCAGAUUUAUU